GCGGGGGCCCGGCCACUUGGAGCAGCUCUGCCGCGGGGACUGCACUGUCCGCCCUGCCAGACCCGCCCCGACUGGGGCUCGCCGUCACCAGCAGUCACAGCACUGCGACCUCGGGCCCUACGUCGGCUAUGGCUGCGUCCUGGGACUAAGUCCGCAGGUUGUGUGAUUGAGAUUCCCAAAGAGAGAGAGACUGAUAGAAGAAGAGAAGAAGGAGGGGCGGGCUCCUGGCAAGGCGUUCGCUCCUGAACAGAGGUCCUGCAAAGAUGGAGAAGGAGGAGGAGACAACUCGGGAGCUGCUGCUGCCUAACUGGCAGGGCAGUGGCUCCCAUGGACUGACCAUUGCCCAGAGGGAUGAUGGAGUCUUUGUUCAGGAAGUGAUGCAGAACUCCCCUGCGGCCCGCACUGGGGUGGUCAAAGAGGGGGACCAGAUUGUGGGUGCCACCAUCUACUUUGACAACCUGCAGUCCGGUGAAGUGACCCAGCUGCUGAACACCAUGGGGCACCACACUGUUGGCUUGAAGUUGCACCGUAAGGGGGACCGUUCCCCUGAGCCUGGACAGACCUGGACCCAUGAAGUCUUCAGCUCCCGUAGCUCCGAGGUGGUGCUGAGUGGGGAUGAUGAGGACUACCAGCGCAUCUAUACCACAAAGAUCAAGCCACGGCUGAAGUCGGAGGAUGGAGUAGAAGGGGACCUUGGGGAGACCCAGAGCCGUACCAUCACAGUGACCAGAAGGGUCACAGCCUACACUGUGGAUGUGACCGGUCGGGAAGGAGUGAAGGACAUCGACAUCAGCAGCCCUGAGUUCAUGAUCAAGAUACCAAAGCAUGAAGUGACUGAAAUCUCCAACACAGAUGUAGAAAUUCAGUCUGGGAAGGCGGUGAUCAGACUGCCCUCAGGAUCGGGGGCAGUUUCUCCAACCUCUGGCUCUGCAGGUGCCAUUUCUGCUUCAGGACCAGAGCUCGAAGGUGCUGGCCAAUCAAAAUUCCAGGUCACCGUACCUGGGAUAAAGGUGGGAAGCCCCGGCGUCAAUGUCAGUGCAAAAGGCUUGGACUUGGGUGGUAAAGGAGGGAUCCAAGUUCCAGGGGUGGACAUUUCGUCUUCUCUUGGGACUGGCUCAGUAGAGGUACAGGGUCCUUCCCUCCAGAGUGGUGAUAUUGGGAAAAUUAAAAUUCCAACCAUGAAGAUGCCAAAAUUUGGUGUCUCAGCAGGCCCGGAGGGCCAGAUACCAGAAACAGGGCUGAGUGUUUCUGCACCUGAGUUCUCUGUGGGGCAUAAAGGUGACAAGCCAGGUUUGACCAUUGGUGGGAACAUUCAGGCCCCUCACUUGGAAGUCAGUGCCCCUUCUGUCAAUAUUGAGGGCCUUGGGGGGAAGCUGAAGGGUCCCCAAAUCACUGGGCCAUCACUCGAAAGUGACUUAGGCCUGAAAGGUACCAAGCUGCAGGGGAACAUAGGAAUGGAUGCCUCUGCUUCCAAAAUUGAGGGCAGCAUCACUGGUCCCAGUGUGGAGGUUGGAACCCCUGAUGUCGACGUUCAUGGGCUAGGAGGCAAACUGAAUUUGCCCAAGAUGAAAGUCCCUAAAUUCUCUGCAUCAGGUUCAAAGGGAGAGGGAGUUGGCAUUGAUGUGACAGUGCCCACAGGUGAAGUGACCCUUCCUGAGGUCUCUGGGGAUGUUAGUCAGCCUGAGAUUGCUACUGGUGGGCUAGAAGGGAAGAUAAAGGGUGCUAAAGUCAAGACACCUGAAAUGAUUGUCCAGAAACCUAAAAUCUCCAUGCAGGAUGUGGAUCUGAGCCUUGGGUCUUGUAAACUGAAAGGUGAUAUGAAGGUGUCUGCUCCUGAGGUCAAAGGUGAUGUUAAAGGCCCUCAUGUGGCAGUUAAAGGCCCCAAAGUGGACAUAGAGACACCGAACUUAGAGGGGACCUUGACAGGUCCCAAGCUUAGCAGCCCUUCAGGAAAAAUAGGGGCCUGUAGGAUAUCUAUGGCAGAUGUAGACCUAAAUGUAGCUGCACCUAAAGGGAAAGGGGGUGUAGAUGUUGUGCUACCCAAAGGAGAAGGGAAAAUCAAAGUCCCUGAACUUGAUGUCCAAGGCCCCAAAAUGGAUAUUAGUGCCCCAGAUGUGGAAGUGCAUGGCCCAGAAUGGAACUUGAAAAUGCCCAAGAUGAAGAUGCCCAAGUUCAGUGUCCCAGGGGUCAAAGGAGAAGGCCCAGAUGUAGAUGUGGCUCUACCCAAAGGAGACAUCAGUAUUUCAGGGCCUAAGGUCAACAUAGAAACCCCAAGUGCCAACAUGGAGAGUCUGGGAGGCAAACUUAAAGGUCCUGAUAUUAAUCUGCCUGAAGUGAGUGUCAAGACUCCAAAGGUUUUGGUACCUGAUGUGGAUCUGCACAUCAAAGGCGCAAAGGUGAAGGGAGAGUGUGAUGUCACAACACCACAGCUUGAGGGAGACCUGAAAGGCCUCCAAGUGGACGCCGUUGUCCCAGAAGUGAAUGUUCAUGGCCCAGACCUGAAGAUACCCAAGAUGAAGAUGCCCAAAUUCAGUGUGCCAGGGUUCAAAGCAGAGGGCCCAGAAGUGGAUGUGAACCUGCCCAAGGCAGAUAUGGACAUUUCUAGGCCUAAGGUGGAGGUCAGUGCUCCAGAUGUGAGCAUUGAGGGACCAGAAGGGAAACUGAAAGGACCUAAGUUUAAAAUGCCAGAUGUGGACUUACACUUAAAAGGCCCCAGUGUAAAGGGAGAAUAUGAUGUCACAGUGCCAAGGCCUGGCGGUGAGGUUAAAGUUCCUGAUGUUGAACUUAAAAGUGCCAAACUGGACAUUGAUGCCCCGAGUGUGGAUGUUCAAGGUCCCGAAUGGCACAUGAAGAUGCCAAAGAUAAAAAUGCCCAAGUUUGGUAUGCCAGGCUUCAAGGCAGAGAGUCCAGAUGUGGAGGUGAAUCUCCCUAAGGCCAACAUUGAUAUCUCAGGACCCAAGGUAGAUGUCAAAGCACCAGAUGUGAACAUUGAAGGACCCGAAGGAAAACUGAAGGGUCCUAAGCUGAAGACGCCUGAGAUGAAUAUCAAGGUCCCAAAGAUCUCCAUGCCUGAUGUAGAUUUGCAUAUGAAAGGCCCCAAGGUAAAAGGAGAGUAUGAUGUCACAAUGCCAAAGAUUGAAGGAGACUUGAAAGGCCCCAAAGUAGAUGUCAGUGCUCCAGAUGUUGACGUUCAUAGUCCUGACUGGAACUUGAAAAUGCCAAAGAUUAAAAUGCCCAAAUUUAGCAUGCCUAGUCUCAAAGGAGAAGGCCCAGAGUUGGAUGUGAACAUGCCCAAGGCUGAUAUGGACAUUUCUGUACCAAAACUAGAUAUUAGUGCUCCAGAUUUGAACCUUGAAGGACCUGAAGGGAAGUUGAAAGGCCCCAAGUUUAAGAUGCCUGAGAUGCAUUUCAAGGCUCCAAAGGUGUCUCUACCAGAUGUGGACAUGGAUCUCAAAGGACCCAAAAUGAAAGGAAAUCUAGACAUGUCUGCACCAAAAAUAGAGGGAGAGAUGAAAGUACCAGACGUGGACAUCAAAGGUCCGAAGGUAGAUAUUAAAUCAUCAGAUGGGGAAGGUCAGGGCCCAGACUGGAGCCUGAAAAUGCCAAAGAUGAAAAUGCCUAAGUUCAGUAUGCCUACUCUCAAAGGUGAGGGUCCAGAUGUGGAUGUAAACCUGCCUAAGGCUAACAUUGAUGUCUCGGGACCUAAAGUUGACAUUGAAACCUCAGAUGUUAGUCUUGAGGGCCCAGAAGGAAAGCUGAAGGGCCCCAAGCUUAAGAUGCCUGACAUGCACUUCAAGGCCCCUAAGAUCUCCAUGCCUGAUGUGGACUUAAACUUGAAAGGCCCCAAAGUCAAGGGGGAUGUGGAUGUGACAGUGCCCAAGCUAGAAGGUGAAAUGAAAGUGCCAGAUGUGGACAUCAAAGGACCUAAAGUGGACAUCAGUGCCCCAGAUGUGGAUGUUCAUGGGCCAGAUUGGCACCUGAAGAUGCCCAAGGUGAAAAUGCCCAAGUUCAGCAUGCCUGGCUUCAAAGCAGAAGGCCCUGAAGUGGAUGUGAACCUGCCCAAGGCUGACAUUGAUGUCUCAGGACCCAAGGUGGACAUUGAUGUGCCAGAUGUGAAUAUAGAAGGUCCUGAUGCAAAACUGAAAGGCUCCAAAUUUAAGAUGCCCAAGUUCAAUAUCAAGGCUCCCAAGAUCUCCAUGCCAGAUGUGGACUUGAAUUUGAAGGGGCCCAAACUGAAAGGAGAGAUAGAUGCUUCUGUGCCAGAAAUGGAAGCUGAUCUCAGAGGUCCUCAAGUUGAUAUCAAAGGCCCCAACGUAGAUGUGGAAGUGCCUGAUGUUGACCUGGAAUGUCCUGAUGCAAAGUUGAAAGGCCCCAAAUUUAAGAUGCCUGACAUGCACUUCAAGGCCCCUAAGAUCUCCAUGCCUGAUGUGGACUUACAUUUGAAAGGCCCCAAAGUCAAGGGGGAUCUCGACGUGACAGUGCCAAAACUAGAAGGAGAAUUAAAAGGUCCCAGUGUGGAUGUGGAAGUGCCUGAUGUUGACCUGGAAUGUCCUGAUGCAAAAUUGAAGGGCCCCAAGUUUAAGAUGCCUGACAUGCACUUCAAGGCCCCUAAGAUCUCCAUGCCUGAUGUGGACUUAAACUUGAAAGGCCCCAAAGUCAAGGGGGAUGUGGAUGUGACAGUGCCCAAGCUAGAAGGCGAAAUGAAAGUACCAGAUGUGGACAUCAAAGGCCCUAAAGUAGACAUCAGUGCCCCAGAUGUGGAUGUUCAUGGGCCAGAUUGGCACCUGAAGAUGCCCAAGAUGAAAAUGCCCAAGUUCAGCAUGCCUGGGUUCAAAGCAGAAGGCCCUGAAGUGGAUGUGAACCUGCCCAAGGCUGACAUUGAUGUCUCAGGACCCAAGGUGGAUGUUGAAGUUCCUGAUGUGAGCAUUGAAGGGCCAGAAGGAAAGCUGAAAGGCCCCAAGUUUAAGAUGCCUGACAUGCACUUCAAGACUCCUAAGAUCUCCAUGCCUGAUGUGGACCUGCAUUUGAAAAGCCCUAAGGUCAAAGGGGAUAUGGACGUGACUGUUCCAAAACUGGAAGGAGAUUUGAAAGGCCCCAAUGUGAAUGUAGAGGUACCUGAUGUUGAUCUGGAAUGUCCUGAUGCAAAGUUGAAAGGCCCCAAGUUUAAGAUGCCUGACAUGCACUUCAAGGCCCCUAAGAUCUCCAUGCCUGAUGUGGACUUACAUUUGAAAGGCCCCAAAGUCAAGGGGGAUCUCGACGUGACAGUGCCAAAACUAGAAGGAGAAUUAAAAGGUCCCAGUGUGGAUGUGGAAGUGCCUGAUGUUGACCUGGAAUGUCCUGAUGCAAAAUUGAAGGGCCCCAAGUUUAAGAUGCCUGACAUGCACUUCAAGGCCCCUAAGAUCUCCAUGCCUGAUGUGGACUUAAACUUGAAAGGCCCCAAAGUCAAGGGGGAUGUGGAUGUGACAGUACCCAAGCUAGAAGGUGAAAUGAAAGUACCAGAUGUGGACAUCAAAGGACCUAAAGUAGACAUCAGUGCCCCAGAUGUGGAUGUUCAUGGGCCAGAUUGGCACCUGAAGAUGCCCAAGAUGAAAAUGCCCAAGUUCAGCAUGCCUGGGUUCAAAGCAGAAGGCCCUGAAGUGGAUGUGAACCUGCCCAAGGCUGACAUUGAUGUCUCAGGACCCAAGGUGGAUGUUGAAGUUCCUGAUGUGAGCAUUGAAGGGCCAGAAGGAAAGCUGAAAGGCCCCAAGUUUAAGAUGCCUGACAUGCACUUCAAGACUCCUAAGAUCUCCAUGCCUGAUGUUGAUUUUAACUUAAAAGGUUCUAAAAUCAAAGGCGAUAUUGAUGUUUCAGUCCCAAAACUUGAGGGAGACUUAAAGGGUCCAGAACUGGAUGUCAAGGGCCCCAAAUUGGAUGUCGACAUGCCAGAAGUAGCUGUAGAAGGCCCAGAAGGUAAAUGGAAAAGUCCUAAAUUCAAGAUGCCAGAUAUGCACUUUAAAGCUCCCAAAAUCUCCAUGCCAGACAUUGAUCUUCACUUAAAGAGUCCAAAGAUAAAGAGUGAGGUUGAUGUAGAUAUUCCCAAAUUGGAAGGAGACCUCAAAGGGCCAAAUGUGGACCUAAGUGGACCAGACAUUGAGAUUGAAGGACCAGAAGGCAAACUGAAGGGUCCUAAGUUCAAGAUGCCAGAGAUGAACAUCAAGGCUCCAAAAAUCUCAAUGCCUGAUUUACAUCUUAAGGGUCCCAAACUAAAGGGAGAUGUGGAUGUUUCCCUGCCCAAAGUAGAAGGUGACCUCAAGGGCCCUGAAGUUGACAUCAAAGGCCCCAAAGUGGACAUUAGUGCUCCUGAUGUAGAUGUUCAGGGCCCAGACUGGCACCUAAAGAUGCCCAAGGUGAAAAUGCCCAAGUUCAGCAUGCCUGGCUUCAAGGCAGAAGGUCCUGAAGUGGAUGUAAGCCUGCCCAAGGCUGACAUUGAUGUCUCAGGACCCAAGGUUGACAUUGAAGGCCCUGAUGUGAGCAUUGAAGGACCAGAAGGAAAGUUGAAAGGUCCUAAGUUCAAGAUGCCUGAGAUGAACAUCAAAGCCCCAAAGAUCUCCAUGCCAGACAUUGAUCUUAACCUGAAAGGCCCCAAAAUGAAGGGUGAUGUGGACGUGUCCCUGCCCAAAGUGGAAGGUGAGAUUAAAGUUCCUGAAGUGGAUAUCAAAGGCCCCAAAGUGGACAUCGAUGCUCCGGAUGUGGAUGUUCACGGACCAGACUGGCACCUGAAGAUGCCCAAGGUGAAAAUGCCCAAGUUCAGCAUGCCUGGCUUUAAGGGAGAGGGCCCAGAAGUAGAUGUGAGCCUGCCAAAGGCUGACAUUGAUGUCUCUGGACCAAAGGUGGACAUAGGUGUUCCAGAUGUGAAUAUAGAAGGUCCUGAUGCAAAACUGAAGGGUCCUAAGUUCAAGAUGCCAGAGAUGAACAUCAAGGCUCCAAAGAUCUCCAUGCCUGAUUUGCAUCUCAAGGGUCCCAAAGUAAAGGGAGAUGUGGAUGUUUCUCUGCCCAAUGUAGAAGGUGACCUCAAGGGCCCUGGAGUUGACAUCAAAGGCCCUAAAGUGGACAUCAGUGCCCCAGAUGUGGAUGUUCAUGGUCCAGACUGGCAUCUGAAGAUGCCCAAGAUGAAAAUGCCCAAGUUCAGCAUGCCUGGCUUCAAGGGAGAGGGUCCUGAAGUGGAUGUGAACCUUCCCAAGGCUGACAUUGAUGUCUCAGGACCCAAGGUUGACAUUGAAGUCCCUGAUGUGAGCAUUGAAGGACCAGAAGGAAAGUUGAAAGGUCCUAAGUUCAAGAUGCCUGAGAUGAACAUCAAGGCUCCCAAGAUCUCCAUGCCAGACAUUGAUCUUAACCUGAAAGGCCCCAAAGUGAAGGGCGAUGUGGACGUGUCCCUGCCGAAAGUAGAAGGUGACCUCAAGGGCCCUGAAGUUGAUAUCAAAGGCCCCAAAGUGGACAUCAAUGCCCCAGAUGUGGAUAUUCAUGGUCCAGACUGGCACCUGAAGAUGCCCAAGAUGAAAAUGCCCAAGUUCAGCAUGCCUGGCUUCAAGGGAGAGGGCCCUGAAGUAGAUGUAAGCUUGCCAAAGGCUGAUAUUGAUGUCUCUGGACCCAAGGUGGACAUUGAUGUUCCAGAUGUGAAUAUAGAAGGUCCUGAUGCAAAGCUGAAGGGUCCUAAGUUCAAGAUGCCAGAGAUGAAUAUUAAAGCUCCUAAGAUCUCAAUGCCAGAUUUGGACCUUAAUAUUAAAGGCCCCAAAGUGAAAGGAGAUGUGGAUGUUUCACUUCCAAGUGUUGAAGGUGAUUUGAAAGGGCCUUCUCUUGACAUAAAGGACCCAAAAUUAGAUAUAAAUGCUCCAGAUAUUGACAUUCAUGGUCCUGAGGGCAAAUUAAAAGGUCCCAAACUGAAAAUGCCUGACAUGCAUGUCAACAUGCCCAAGAUCUCUAUGCCUGAAAUUGACUUGAAUUUAAAGGGCUCAAAGCUUAAGGGAGAUGUUGAUAUCUCUGGCCCCAAGUUGGAGGGUGAAAUUAGAACUCCCAAGUUAGAUGUGAAGGGCCCAGAAGUGGACAUUUCUGCUCCCAAGGUUAAUAUUGAAGGGAAAUCAAAGAAGUCUCGUUUUAAGCUCCCUAAAUUUAAUUUUUCUGGAUCCAAAGUUCAGACACCUGACAUGGAUGUCAAAGUUAAAAAGCCAGAUGUUGAUGUAACAGCUCCAAAAGUUGACAUUAAUGCUCCAGAAGUUGAAGUACAAGGCAAAGUGAAAGGAUCCAAGUUUAAAAUGCCUUUCCUGAGUAUUUCAUCUCCCAAAGUUUCUAUGCCUGAUGUGGAGCUAAAUUUGAAAGGUCCUAAGGUCAAAGGAGACUUAGAUGUAGCAGGCCCAAAUUUAGAAGGAGACUUUAAAAGCCCGAAAGUGGAUAUUAAACCACCAGAGGUACAUAUUAAUGCACCUGAAGUGGAUGUUCAUGGUCCAGAAUGGAAUCUGAAGAUGCCCAAGAUGAAAAUGCCCAAGUUCGGUGUGUCUGGCUUAAAAGCAGAAGGGCCUGAUGUGGCUAUGGAUUUACCAAAAGGAGACAUCAAUGUAGAAGGUCCCAGUAUGAAUAUUGAGGGCCCAGAACUCAAUGUAGAGUGUCCAGAAGGAAGCUUAAAAGGCCCCAAAUUUAAGAUGCCUGAGAUGAACAUCAAAGCCCCCAAGAUAUCUAUGCCUGACAUUGACUUAAACCUGAAAGGUCCCAAAGUAAAAGGUGAUGUAGAUGUUUCUCUUCCCAAACUUGAAGGGGAUCUUAAAGGGCCAAAAGCUGAGAUCAAAGACCCGAAAAUAGACAUUGAUGUUCCAGAUGUGGAUGUUCAUGGACCAGACUGGCACCUGAAGAUGCCCAAAGUGAAAAUGCCCAAGUUCAGCAUGCCUGGUUUUAAAGGUGAGGGUCCUGAAGUGGAUGUGAACCUGCCAAAGGCUGACAUUGAUGUCUCAGGACCUAAGGUGGACAUUGAUGUUCCAGAUGUAAAUAUUGAAGGUCCUGAUGCAAAACUGAAGGGCCCUAAGUUCAAGAUCCCAGAGAUGAACAUCAAGGCUCCCAAGAUCUCCAUGCCCGACAUUGAUCUGAGUCUUAAAGGUCCAAAAUUGAAGGGUGAUGGGGACGUGUCUCUGCCCAAAGUGGAAGGUGAGAUUAAAGUUCCUGAAGUUGACAUCAAAGGCCCCAAAGUGGACAUUGAUGCUCCAGAUGUGGAUGUUCAUGGACCAGACUGGCACCUGAAGAUGCCCAAGAUGAAAAUGCCCAAGUUCAGCAUGCCUGGCUUCAAGGGAGAGGGCCCUGAAGUAGAUGUAAGCCUGCCCAAGGCUGACAUUGAUGUCUCUGGACCCAAGGUGGACAUUGAUGUUCCAGAUGUGAAUAUAGAAGGUCCUGAUGCAAAACUGAAGGGUCCUAAGUUCAAGAUGCCAGAGAUGAACAUCAAGGCUCCCAAGAUCUCCAUGCCUGAUUUGCAUCUCAAGGGUCCCAAAGUAAAGGGAGAUGUGGAUGUUUCUCUGCCGAAAGUAGAAGGUGACCUCAAGGGCCCUGAAGUUGACAUCAAAGGCCCCAAAGUGGACAUCAGUGCCCCAGAUGUGGAUGUUCAUGGUCCAGACUGGCAUCUGAAGAUGCCCAAGGUGAAAAUGCCCAAGUUCAGCAUGCCUGGUUUCAAGGGAGAGGGCCCAGAAGUAGAUGUGAGCCUGCCAAAAGCUGACAUUGAUGUCUCAGGACCCAAGGUGGACAUUGAAGUCCCUGAUGUGAGCAUUGAAGGACCAGAAGGAAAGUUGAAAGGUCCUAAGUUCAAGAUGCCUGAGAUGAACAUCAAAGCCCCCAAGAUCUCCAUGCCAGACAUUGAUCUUAACCUGAAAGGCCCCAAAAUGAAGGGUGAUGUGGACGUGUCCCUGCCCAAAGUGGAAGGUGAGAUUAAAGUUCCUGAAGUGGAUAUCAAAGGCCCCAAAGUGGACAUCGAUGCUCCGGAUGUGGAUGUUCAUGGACCAGACUGGCACCUGAGGAUGCCCAAGGUGAAAAUGCCCAAGUUCAGCAUGCCUGGCUUCAAGGGAGAGGGCCCUGAAGUAGAUGUGAGUCUGCCAAAGGCUGACAUUGAUGUCUCAGGAGCCAAGGUGGACAGUGAUGUUCCAGAUGUGAAUAUAGAAGGUCCUGAUGCAAAACUGAAGGGUCCUAAGUUCAAGAUGCCAGAGAUGAACAUCAAGGCUCCCAAGAUCUCCAUGCCUGAUUUGCAUCUCAAGGGUCCCAAAGUGAAGGGAGAUGUGGAUGUUUCUCUGCCCAAAGUAGAAGGUGACCUCAAGGGCCCUGAAGUUGACAUCAAAGGCCCCAAAGUGGACAUCAAUGCCCCAGAUGUGGAUGUUCAUGGUCCAGACUGGCAUCUGAAGAUGCCCAAGGUGAAAAUGCCCAAGUUCAGCAUGCCUGGCUUCAAGGGAGAGGUCCCUGACGUGGAUGUGAACCUGCCCAAAGCUGACAUUGAUGUUUCAGGAGCCAAGGUAGACAUUGACACUCCUGACAUUGACAUUCAUGGUCCAGAAGGGAAACUGAAGGGCCCCAAGUUUAAAAUGCCUGAUCUCCACCUCAAGGCACCCAAGAUCUCAAUGCCAGAAGUUGACCUAAACUUAAAAGGGCCGAAGGUGAAGGGAGAUGUGGAUGUUUCCCUGCCCAAAGUAGAAGGUAACCUCAGUGGCCCUGAUGUUGACAUCAAAGGCCCCAAAGUGGACAUUGAUGCUCCAGAUGUGGAUGUUCAUGGUCCAGACUGGCAUCUGAAGAUGCCCAAGGUGAAAAUGCCCAAGUUCAGCAUGCCUGGUUUCAAGGGAGAGGGCCCUGAAGUAGAUGUUAGCCUACCAAAGGCUGACAUUGAUGUCUCGGGACCCAAGGUGGACAUUGACACUCCUGACAUUGACAUUCAUGGCCCAGAAGGGAAACUGAAGGGCCCAAAGUUUAAAAUGCCUGAUCUCCACCUCAAGGCACCCAAGAUCUCAAUGCCUGAAGUUGACUUGAACCUGAAAGGGCCGAAGGUGAAGGGAGAUGUGGAUGUUUCCCUGCCCAAAGUAGAAGGUAACCUCAGUGGCCCUGAUGUUGACAUCAAAGGCCCCAAAGUGGACAUUGAUGCUCCAGAUGUGGAUGUUCAUGGUCCAGACUGGCAUCUGAAGAUGCCCAAGGUGAAAAUGCCCAAGUUCAGCAUGCCUGGCUUCAAGGGAGAGGGCCCUGAAGUAGAUGUAAGCCUGCCAAAGGCUGACAUUGAUGUCUCGGGACCCAAGGUGGACAUUGACACUCCUGACAUUGACAUUCAUGGCCCAGAAGGGAAACUGAAGGGCCCAAAGUUUAAAAUGCCUGAUCUCCACCUCAAGGCACCCAAGAUCUCAAUGCCUGAAGUUGACUUGAACCUGAAAGGGCCGAAGGUGAAGGGAGAUGUGGAUGUUUCCCUGCCCAAAGUGGAAGGUGACCUCAAGGGCCCUGAAGUUGACAUCAAAGGCCCCAAAGUGGACAUCAAUGCCCCAGAUGUGGAUGUUCAUGGUCCAGACUGGCAUCUGAAGAUGCCCAAGGUGAAAAUGCCCAAGUUCAGCAUGCCUGGCUUCAAGGGAGAGGGCCCUGAAGUAGAUGUGAGCCUGCCCAAGGCUGACAUUGAUGUCUCUGGACCCAAGGUGGACAUUGAUGUUCCAGAUGUGAAUAUAGAAGGUCCUGAUGCAAAGCUGAAGGGUCCUAAGUUCAAGAUACCUGAGAUGAACAUCAAGGCUCCCAAGAUCUCCAUGCCUGACUUUGAUUUGCACCUGAAAGGGCCUAAACUGAAGGGAGAUGUGGAUGCUUCCUUGCCUAAAAUGGAAGGUGAACUCAAAGGCCCUGCUAUUGAUAUAAAGGGUUCCAGUGUGGAUAUCGACACUCCUGAUGUCAAUAUUGAUGGUCCAGAAGCGAAAUUAAAGGGACCCAAAUUUAAAAUACCAGACAUGCACAUCAAAGCUCCCAAGAUUUCCAUGCCUGACUUUGACUUAAACCUUAAAGGACCCAAGGUAAAAGGAGAUGUUGACCUUGCACUCCCUAAGGUGGAAGGUGAUCUCAAAGGGCCAGAGAUAGACAUUGAGGGUCCUGAAGGAAAGCUCAAAGGACCAAAAUUUAAGAUGCCAGAUGUCCAUUUUAAGACCCCUCAAAUUUCAAUGAGUGACAUUGAUUUGAACAUGAAAGGACCUAAGAUAAGGGGAGAUAUGGACAUAGAAGGGGAUUUGAAAGGUCCCAAAGUGGAUGUCAAAGGCCCUAAACUGGACAUCGACACUCCUGACAUUGACAUUCAUGGUCCAGAAGGGAAACUGAAGGGCCCCAAGUUUAAAAUGCCUGAUCUCCACCUCAAGGCACCCAAGAUCUCAAUGCCAGAAGUUGACUUGAACCUGAAAGGGCCGAAGGUGAAGGGCGAUGUGGAUGUUUCUCUGCCAAAAGUGGAAGGAGACCUCAAAGGCCCUGAAGUUGACAUCAAAGGCCCCAAAGUGGACAUUGAUGCUCCAGAUGUGGAUGUUCAUGGACCAGACUGGCACCUGAAGAUGCCCAAAAUAAAAAUGCCCAAGUUCAGCAUGCCUGGUUUCAAGGGAGAGGGCCCGGAAGUAGAUGUGAGCCUUCCAAAGGCUGACAUUGAUGUCUCUGGACCCAAGGUGGACAUUGAUGUUCCAGAUGUGAAUAUAGAAGGUCCUGAUGCAAAACUGAAGGGUCCUAAGUUCAAGAUGCCAGAGAUGAACAUCAAGGCUCCCAAGAUCUCCAUGCCUGAUUUGCAUCUCAAGGGUCCCAAAGUAAAGGGAGAUGUGGAUGUUUCCCUGCCCAAAGUAGAAGGUGACCUCAAGGGCCCUGGAAUUGAUAUCAAAGGCCCUAAAGUGGACAUUGACGUUCCAGAUGUGAAUAUUGAAGGUCCUGAUGCAAAACUGAAAGGUCCUAAAUUCAAGAUGCCUGAGAUGAACAUCAAAGCCCCCAAGAUCUCCAUGCCAGACAUUGAUCUUAACCUGAAAGGCCCCAAAAUGAAGGGUGAUGUGGACAUGUCCCUGCCCAAAGUGGAAGGUGAGAUUAAAGUUCCUGAAGUUGAAAUCAAAGGCCCCAAAGUGGACAUUGAUGCUCCAGAUGUGGCUGUUCAUGGACCAGAUUGGCACCUGAAGAUGCCCAAGGUGAAAAUGCCCAAGUUCAGCAUGCCUGGCUUCAAGGGAGAGGGCCCUGAAGUAGAUGUGAGCCUGCCAAAGGCUGACAUUGAUGUCUCUGGACCCAAGGUGGACAUUGAUGCUCCAGAUGUGAAUAUAGAAGGUCCUGAUGCAAAACUGAAGGGUCCUAAGUUCAAGAUGCCGGAGAUUAGCAUCAAGGCUCCAAAGAUAUCUAUGCCUGAUGUGGAUCUGGAGUUAAAAGGACCCAAAGUAAAAGGAGACUUUGAUGUGUCUGUUCCCAAGAUUGAAGGUAGUCUCAAAGGACCUGAAGUAGACCUGAAAGGUCCAGGUCUAGAUUUUGAAGGCCCUGAUGCUAAACUUAGUGUCCCUAACUUGAAGACGCCAUCACUGGAUGUAUCUGCUCCUAAAAUAACUGGGCCAGAUGUUAAUGUGCACCUCAAAACACCAAAGAUUGCUGUUUCUGGGCCUAAGUUAGAAGGUGGUGAAGUGGACCUCAAGGGACCCAAAGUUGAUUUAGAAACUCCAAAUUUAGAUGUCCGCAUGGAGAGCCCAGAUAUUAAUAUCGAGGGUCCAGAUGUUAAAGUUCCAAAGUUUAAGAAACCCAAGUUUGGAUUUGGUGCAAAAAGUGCUAAAGUUGACAUCAAGACACCCUCAGUUGAUGUGACUGUCCCUGAAGCAGAGCUGAGUGUUGAGACCCCUGACGUAAGCCUUGGUGGAAAGGGCAAGAAAAGCAAGUUUAAAAUGCCUAAAAUUCACAUGAGUGGCCCUAAAGUUAAGGCCAAAAAGCAGGGAUUUGAUUUGAACGUUCCCGGAGGUGAGAUUGAUGCCAGUCUGAAGGCUCCUGAUGUGGAUAUCGGUGUUGCAGGGCCUGAUGCUGCACUCAGAGUUGAUGUAAAGUCUCCAAAAACCAAGAAAACCAUGUUUGGGAAAAUGUACUUCCCAGAUGUAGAAUUUGACAUCAAGUCACCUAAAUUUAAAGCAGAGGCCUCCCUACCUAGCCCUAAGUUGGAGGGUGACAUCAAGGUACCAGAUCUGGACAUUUCUUCACCAGGGGUUAAUGUGGAAGCUCCUGAUAUCCAUGUGAAGGCUCCCAAGUUCAAGGUGUCAGGUGUGGAUGUCUCGGGGCCAAAGUUAGAGGGCAACUUGAAAGGUCCUAAGGUGCAGGCAAACUUGGACACACCUAACAUCAACAUUGAAGGCUCUGAUGCCAAAAUCAAAGCACCCUCAUUCAGUGUGUCUGCUCCUCAAGUCUCCAUACCUGAUGUGAAUGUUAAGUUGGCAGGACCAAAGAUAAAGGGUGAAGCCCCCAGUGUGGGUCUGGAAGGCACUGAUGUCGAUUUGCAAGGUCCAGAAGGAAAAAUCAAGUUCCCCAAGUUUUCACUGCCCAAGAUCAGUGCCCCUGGUCUUGAAGGAAGCUUGAGCACAUCAGAUGUUAAGGUUGAAGGGCCUGAUAUAUCUCUUAAAGGCCCAGGAGUGGACUUGCCUUCAGUGGACCUCUCUAUGCCAAAAAUUUCUGGGCCUGAUCUUGACCUGAACUUGAAAGGACCAAGUCUGAAGGGAGACCUGGAUGCAUCCACUCCCAGCAUGAAGCUGCACGCCCCAGGUCUUGACCUCAAAGGUGUUGGUGGAAAAGUACAGAUAGGAGGAGAUGGUGUGAAAGUCCCAGGGAUUGAUGCCACAGCAGCACUUAAUGUGGGGGCACCUGAUGUGACCCUGAAGGGACCAAGCCUACAGGGAGAUCUGACCAUGUCCGGGGACAUCAAGUGCCCUAAACUAUCUGCGGGUGCCCCCGAUCUCAGCUUGGAGGCCUCAGAAGUUGGCGUCAAAUUUCCCCACAUGAAGCUGCCUCAGUUUGGCAUCUCUGCUCCAGGGUCCGACUUGGACGUUAACAUCAAGGGGCCACAAGUUUGUGGAGAACUGAAGGGGCCAGGGAUGGAUGUGAACCUGAAGGGGCCCCAGAUCUCAGCACCAAGCAUGGACUUUAACUUGGAAGGACCAAAAGUGAAGGGGAGCCUUGGGGCCACUGGAGAAUUGAAAGGCCCAGCAGUUGGGGGAAGUCUUCCAGGCAUCAGUGUUCAGGGCCUAGAAGGAAAUCUCCAAAUGCCUGGAAUUAAGGCUUCUGGGUGUGAUGUGCAACUCCCAACGGGACAGCUUUCUGGUCCUGAAAUUAAAGGAGAUCUGAAAGGUUCAGGAAUAGGUCUCCAUGGGGCUGUCCCUGAUAUCAGUGUCAAGGGGCCUUCCUUUAACAUGGCAUCUCCAGAGUCAGAUUUUGGUGUCAGCUUGAAGGGCCCCAAAGUCAAAGGAGGUGUAGAUGUUUCAGGGGGUGUCAGUGUCCCAGAUAUCAACCUGGGUGAAGGACAUAUGAGUGUCAAAGACUCUGGGGUUGAGUGGAAGGGACCCCAAGUCUCCUCCUCUCUAAACCUGGAUACAUCUAAACUUGCUGGGAACCUUCAUUUCUCAGGACCAAAGAUAGAAGGAGGCAUGAAAGGAGGCCAGACUGGACUCCAGGGUCCCGGGCUGAGUGUGUCUGGGCCUCAAGGUCACUUGGAAAGUGGAUCUGGAAAAGUAACAUUCCCCAAGAUGAAGAUCCCCAAAUUUGCCUUCUCUGGCCGUGAGCUUGUUGGCAGAGAAGUAGGGGUAGAUGUCAACUUCCCUAAAGUCGAGGCCAAUGUGCAGGCUGGUGCAGGAGAAGACGAAUGGGAAGAGUCAGAAGUAAAACUUAAAAAAUCCAAAAUCAAAAUGCCCAAGUUUAAUUUUUCCAAACCUAAAGGGAAAGGUGGUGUCACCGGCUCACCAGAAGCAUCCAUUUCUGGGUCCAAAGGGGACCUGAAGAGCUCGAAGGCCAGCUUGGGCUCUCUGGAAGGAGAAGCAGAUGCCGAAGCAUCAUCACCAAAAGGCAAAUUCUCUCUGUUUAAAAGUAAGAAGCCAAGACACCGCUCCAACUCCUUCAGCGAUGAGAGGGAGUUCUCGGCGCCUUCCACCCCAACCGGGACUUUGGAGUAUGCAGGUGGAGAAGUUAAAAGCAAACACGGGAAGCUGAAAUUUGGUACCUUCGGUGGGUUGGGGUCAAAGAGCAAAGGUCAUUAUGAGGUGACUGGGAGUGAUGAUGAGGCAGCCAAGUUACAGGGGAGUGGAGUGUCUUUGGCCUCAAAGAAGUCCCGACUGUCUUCCUCUUCUAGCAACGACAGUGGGACAAAGGUUGGCAUCCAGCUUCCUGAGGUAGAACUCUCAAUUUCCACAAAGAAAGAGUAGUGGGCCUUGUAUGUGUGUACAUAUAUAUAAAUACAUCAGCCUUGGGUGUGUUUGUAUAUAAACUCCAAAGAGAAACACCCCAACAGCCUCAGCAAUAAUGCAAAGAUCUUGCCUCUCCCAGUGGCAAGUGCUGACAAACCAGGUGCCUCUAGGCUCCUGGGACUCUGCAGCUAGGUAAAGAGUUCUAAGUUCAUCUGGCCCAUGUGCAAAGUCAACAGUAUUUGCCUUAAGAUUUUAGUUUUUUUUGGUUUCUUUCUUUUUUUUUUUUUUUUGCAUUGAACGCUGAGAGCUCGUGUUUACUAAGCAAGCUUUUGUGUUUAUCCUUAUUUUUACUGAACAUUGUUAGUACCUGGGUAAUGGAAACCCACUUUCUUUUCAUUGUAAGGACUUUGGGGGCUUUUGUGAGUAAGGGAAGGUGGGAUAAAAGGUGGCAGAGGGGGCCAGGUCGUCAUUGCUCUGAAGGUUGGAUAUGUACAAACAGCAACACCCUGGCAUGGCUCAGAGGAGGUGGCAGCCAGGAGGUGGGUGUUUCUCAAUUCUCUGUAGCAUGACUUUUAAUCCCUAGGUGUGUUAGUCCCAGCCUAGUUUGGUGCUCAAGGUGAGAAGGGGAUUUAAAUCUGUUUGCAAAUUGUCCAACCUGCCAGGUCAGUGUGAGGGGCUUCCAUUCUGGGUUUGGUAAGAAAAGUGUUCAUUCGUGACUGCCAUGUUCUGAGAAAAGUUCUGAUUCCUUUUAACAAAUGUCAUCAUGAUUAAGGAAAUGUCUGGCACUUUAAUGGAAAAUUAAUUGAGAAUGUAAGAAAGUUGAUGCUGUACAAGGCAAAUAAAACCGUUCAUUAACCCUGA